AUGAGGAUAACUACUGCCCCUUCUCAUUGUCUUUCCACCUCUACUUCCCAACCCGGCCAAAGCAGUUUGAAUGUUCUGAAGCGUCCCUCUGCCGCACAGCCCUCAUUCCAUAGUCAACCAUAUCAAACCCAGUCCAAUCCUCCUGAUGAUGCCGGUUCAAUGGCACAUUUCCGCAGAAUCACCAAGGAGAAACGGGUUAAGCCAUCCAACUAUGGCCCAAGUGCCAAGCGCGGUAAAACCACUGCCAGCUCCCAAGCUGCAGAAACCUCAGUAAAGCAUCAUGCCUUUGGUUUUCUCUUGUAUGAAUCCAACGAGCUUGUAGUUAAUACCGGAAUCCAUCCAAUGAAGCUCCCUUGCGAUAUCAACAACCCAAACCUCUACAACGACCUCUGCACCCAACUCUGGGCCUUUUUUUCGCUUCAGCUCACUGCUAAAACAGACAUAACAGCACUUCCCCCCAACCCAGAAGAUUUCCUUUGCCUUUGCGAUGGAGAAUCCCGACUUCCAGACCAAGAGACUCUAAUUGGUGUCCUCAAAGAAGCUAAAGGGAGGAAAACUGCCCACAUCAAUCUUGCAUACGAUCACCCGUCCCCGACAACUCACUCCAAUUCUGACAAAUCUGCUUCCCCAAAGAGAUACACCACCCAAAGCUCAAAUGUGAAGACAACAACCAAGUCUGCUGGCCCCAGCCAAGUGAAACCAAGCAAAAAGAAAUCUCCAUGGGCCCUUGGCCCAUUAGCUGGUACAAUGGUUGCUCGUGGAAGCCAAAGCCUUGCCACUAAGAUGGCCUUGUUGAGUAAACCUUUACCAUUAUACUUGGACAUUAAUCGUGAUGGUUGGAUGGUUGCACAACAACUCUUAUUCCAUGGAAUGGAUUCUGCCCAGCUUGCAACCGAACCCAUCUCCAUCAAAGUCAACAAAAACAAAGUGAUAGGCACGGGAGGAAUGUGA